GCAUCACUUGUUACAGUAAAGGCCAUGAUCGUAAGGUUGUCAGGUAGCGGAUUCUCCCUCAAUCGCGAACGCAUGCUGAAUAUAUUGAACUGAUUGGCCGUUUUCCCUUGCCGCCAGUGCGUUGCGUUGCUGCGCUCGCGUAUUUUAGUCUUCGCUGCUGUGCUGUAGAGGAAGUAAGGGAUCCAAGGGAAUCCGGGGCCCUCCUCUUCCGCACCCAUUUUGUCGCGCGCGCUUUGACGGCACGGGCGGCUCUCAGCACAUAUUGCGGCACCGUGUCACCAUCACCUCUCGCGCGCGAGAGGCAUCAGAAGCGCGUGUCACACCCGCUCUCGCGUGUGUCAGACGCGUCACCCCACGGUCCCCUCCCAUGGCGGGGGCAGCAGGCGCGGUGGAGAGUGUGGCAGCAGCCGCGCUGCGGGCGGUGCUGCAGCGAGUGGCGCAGGCGGCAGAGCGGGCCGGCAGGAGCGCCGGGCAGGUUCGGGUGGUGGCAGUGAGCAAGACCAAGCCUGUGUCGUUGCUUCGGGAGGUGUAUGAUGCGGGGCAAAGGCACUUCGGGGAGAACUACGUGCAGGAGAUGCUGGACAAGGCGCCUCAGCUACCACCAGAUAUCAAGUGGCACUUCAUCGGUCAUCUGCAGAGCAACAAGGCCAAAACCAUCGUGUCAGGAGUGCCGAACCUCUAUAUGGUGGAGACUGUGGACAGCAGCCGGAUAGCCAACUAUCUGAACAAGGCCGUAGCAGCUGUGGGGCGGCCGCCUCUGCGUGUUCUGGUGCAAGUCAACACGAGUGGGGAGGAGAGCAAGCACGGCGUGGAGCCAGCAGCAUGCGUGGACUUGGUGCGCCACGUGACAUCCCAGUGUCCCAACCUCUCCUUUGCUGGCCUCAUGACAAUCGGCAUGCCUGACUACUCUUCCCGCCCGGAAAACUUCGAGGCGCUUGCCAGGUGUCGAGCGGAGGUGUGUGAGCAGCUGGGGCUCAACCCGGAGGACCUUGAGCUGUCCAUGGGGAUGUCCAACGACUUUGAGCAGGCGGUGGAGAUGGGCAGCACCAACGUGCGAGUGGGGUCCACCAUAUUUGGCGCGAGAGACUACUCAAAAUCGUGAUGGAUGGUCAUACGAGCUCAAUGGGGGUUCAUAGGAAGCCCCCCCCCCCCCACCCACCACCCGCCUUCGUCAUAUAGCACUAGGUUAGGAGUUUCACGAGUUCAAUUCAAUUUUUGCAUGACAACACGACUGGUGUGGUGUGGACAGAUGCACUACAUGCGUGCAUGUGCAACCGUUGGGGUUUGUUCGUUUGUGCUUCAGCCAUUCCUCACCUCGUCAAUGGAAACGAAGAGGGAGAAGUUGAUGCAAGACCACAUCGGCGAGAUUUGACAUUUCCUCACUCGGCAGCAAUGCCGGCGUUUGGAACUGAACUCAACAUGCUUUUGCAAACGGAGGAAGAGUUUUUUUAAGGAAGGUGGAAAUUGCAUGUUCCACUCUCUUACUAAUACCCUUUUAUCUCAGAUGUUACAACCAAACGUUACGUUAUAUCAUGCUUAUAGACGGGGGUCCGAGGUCUCACUGAACCACUUUCACCUGACGGCUGUGUCAAACAUAUUUGUA